UCCCAACAGUAGUGCGACCACCGUCUGGCUCUCGCCAUGUUUCUCGGAGCAAAGCGUGUUGUAGAGUGUGUACGAGCCUGAAGUUCCGCUUCUAACAUCGUAGAAACUGUAAUUUGAAGUCUGAAUUAUCUCUGUGGGUAUCGAACUACUGACAGAUUUUUAAUGUGGUCUGUGGUCGAAGGGAUGCUCAGUGGAAUUUUUCCAAGAAGAAGCUGUGAAAAGGAGCCUCAGACCUUUGCCAAUGUUUGGUUGCGUUCCUGUCAGAAAAGACAUUUAGAACACACUACACAUUUCUGACAAUAGACAUUGUUGACAGAUGUCAGGGAGAUUGAAACAACUGCUUCACAUUCUCUAGUGAAAAUACGAGAAAAUUGUGUGUUGUUUAAUCUCAGGUCGUUCACAGACCCAAGAGUUGUUGACACAUGUGUCAAGUGUUGACUUGUUUUGUUGAAAGAACUAAAGAAAGGUGAUCAUGGCUCUGUCUGAGAACCAAAGUGGCUCACUGGCACAUCAAAUCUUGUUUGGUUUUGAUGCAUUUUGUGGAGAAAUAUUUUGGAACGACUCUCUGCUGACAGACAACACAUGGCCUCAGUUCACCCAGUGUUUCCAGGACACUAUGCUCGUCUGGGUGUCUUGUGGACUCUUCUGGCUCAUGGUACCAUGUCUUGUUUUCGGGGUGGAACGAGACGAGCAUCGCAAGCCCCCGCUGCCUGUGUCGUGUCUCAACACAGCUAAACUGCUCUGCAGCUCCAGCCUCACCUUGCUGAGCAUUGUCUCUCUUAUUCGACAACGUCGACGACAAGCCUGAUGCGAUUGCGGGAUUCAUCGGCGAUGCCAUUGUGGUGGUGACUUUGUUCGCUGCUUCCUUCCUGACGCAAUAUGAGCGAAAACGAGGCGUGUACACGUCAUCAGUGUCAUUCAUCUUUUGGACCGUGAAGCUGCUGUUGGACAUCAUACCUUUCUACACCUACAUCAUGACUCAGGUUUACAGCACUAACGUUUUUAUCUUUGUGGUCUUCGUGUUGAUGUACAUCCUCGAAUUCGUCAUGGUAAUCCUCUACUCCUUCAGUGAGCAUCCCCCAACAUCCAAGAGAGGCUACAAAGGCUUAGGAUCGGAGCCUUCUCCAGACAACGCCUCUUAUUUGUCCCAGAUUACAUUUUCAUGGCUUACCAGCUUCAUGGUCUUGGGCUACAAGCGGGACAUUCAGAUGUCGGACAUGUGGGACCUGAACCCCCGCGACAGCUGUGAGGCGGUGGUUCCGGUCUUUGACCGGCUCUGGAAGGCGGAGGUCGAGCGCUGCAUGUCUAAAGGAGUUGUGCGGCAAGAACCGUUGGUCCAGUACAAGAACGGUUCUGUCAGCACCCCUUCCAAACGACACCUGUCCGAGCACUCGCUGUUGAGGGAAGGGAUGGAAGGUGCCUCCUACUACACGGAAUUCUUUGAUGUGAUGCCAUCCGGGACUUACCACUUCAAGCAGCGGCCGUCCCUGUAUCGGGUCCUAUGGAAACAGUUUCGAGGCAGUAUGAUCCUUUGCAUCGUGCAAAAAAUCCUCAGCGAUGUCGCCUUGUUGUUAAGCCCGCCGAUACUUGGAGAACUCAUUAACUUUGUGGCCAACCGGCGGCCGGAGAGGGAAUGGAUCGGGUACGUGCUGGUGGCCUGCCUUCUCGUCACCGGCAUGCUCAAGACAAUCUUCUUCGCCCUGUCCAUGUACAGGUCCUGGCUGAUCGGCAUGCACAUCAAGGCUAUUUUAACCAGUACCAUCUACAGCAAGGCCAUGCGUCUCAGCAACGACAGCAAAAGGGCGAGCACGCAAGGUGAGGUGGUCAACCUCAUGUCCGUCGACACGCAGAGGGUGCAGGAGUUCCUGACGAGGGCCUUCUACGGUCUGACCACACCCCUGCAAAUCCUGCUGGCCUUGGUACUCAUCUACCUUCAGGUGGGCGUGUCCAUGUUCACGGGCUUCGCCAUCCUCGUGCUGCUCAUCCCUUUCAACACCUACAUGGCGGGCAUGCAGCGCAAGUUCCAGGAGAAGAACCUCAGGUUCAAGGACAUCAGGGUCAAGCUGGUCUCUGAGAUCCUCAACGGCAUCAAGGUGCUGAAACUGUACGCAUGGGAACCGUCUUUCGAAAAGAAAGUGGCUGAUAUCAGAUUCAGGGAAAUUCUGUAUCUCUUUAAAAUCGCCGUUUUGUAUCUCGUCACAGGCUGCUGCUGGAAUAUCGCCCCGUACCUAGUGACCUUGGCGACCUUCGCGACCUUCAUUCUGUCUGACCCCAACAGGUUCCUUGACCCUGGCACAGCCUUCGUCACUCUGGCACUCUUCAACAUCCUACGGACGCCGAUGGACUUUCUCUCCACAACCAUCUCGUUCGGUGUGCAGGUAACAGGAGGCGUGACGAGGGCGCGAGUGUCGCUAGAUGAGCUUCUCUGGCAAAUGUGUCGCUCAAAGCGAAUCAACAAGUUUUUGUGUAUGGACGAAAUUGAUUUCAACACUGUGCGGCAUUCAACAGAUUCAGCCUAUGCCGUAAAGAUUGAACAUGGAACAUUUUCGUGGGGUUCAAAGCUCACGCCUGUCUUAAAAAACAUAGACCUGCAGGUACCAGACGGACUUCUGAUCGCUGUUGUGGGUCAGGUUGGGGCUGGAAAGUCUUCUCUCAUCAACGCCAUUUUGGGGGAAAUGGAUAAGGUUAAAGGUCACGUCAUUGUCAGGGGUACUGUCGCUUACGUGGCCCAGCAGGCUUGGAUACAGAACGCGACCCUCCGUGACAACGUUCUGUUCAGUCAACCGUAUCGAGAUGACAAGUACCGCAAGGUUCUCAAAGCCUGUGAACUGGAGCGGGACUUGGAAAUUUUGGCGGCGGGAGACAUGACUGAGAUCGGUGAGAAGGGUAUCAACCUCAGUGGUGGCCAGAAGCAGCGCGUUAGUCUGGCUCGUGCCGUCUAUAGCGACAGCGACAUCUACCUGAUGGACGACCCGCUGUCAGCCGUGGACAGUCACGUGGGCAAGGCCAUCUUCAAAAACGUCAUCGGGCCUCACGGACUUUUGAAGAAGAAAACGCGUAUUCUGGUGACGCACGGCGUGCACUGGCUGCCCGUGGUGGACCAGAUCAUCGUGCUCAACGGCGGCAAGAUCUCUGAGACAGGCAGCUACACGCAGCUGAUGCAGCACGAUGGCCCCUUCGCCCAGUUCCUCAAAACCUACUUCAGCGAGGAGAUCGUCAUGGAGCAGGAAGAGGAAGAGGACCCUGAAAUUCUGGAGAUGAAACAAAAAAUUCUAGAACACAUGGAAUCUGUCACAUCAGACGCGGCCACAUCCGGGGACGAAAGUAAAAGGCCGUUUAAAUCGCAGACGCAGUUACAAGAAGCAGAACAGUGGGAUUCAGCGGUCCCUGAGCUACGACAAGAAGAGUCUGCAAGAAGCCAGGAAGACGCAGACAAAGCAAGAGGAAGGAAAACUCAUUUCCGAAGAGAAGUGUCAUGGCGUGUCUAUGGAGCCUACCUGAAGGCGGCUGGUGUUUUGCCCUUUUCUCUCGCAAUGAUCUGCUUCGCUGGUUUCCGCGCCUUCAGUGUGGUGGCCAACUUCCUGCUCAGCCAGUGGACAGAAGACCCCCUCCUCAACAACCAUUCAGCUUGGGGGUCAGAGGUGUUUGUUGACACAAACCAUUCGUACCUUUUAUAUUACGGACUAACAGGAGCAGCUCAAUUGGUGCUACUGAUGAUUUACAACUACUUUUACUGGACACGCAUGGUGUACGCUGGGCGAGCUCUCCACAACGGUCUCAUCAACAAGUUGUUUCGGGCGCCAAUGGCAUUCUUCGACACCACGCCCAUCGGCCGCAUCAUCAACCGUGUGUCCAGGGACAUCGAAAUAGUAGACACGCUGCUACCGCUUAUCUUCAGGGACUUCAUGUCGACCUUUGUUCUGGUCUUGGUGACCCUGAUCGUAAUUUUGAUCCAGACACCAAUAUUCGCCGCUGUCCUGGUCCCACUGCUCGUCCUCUAUUAUUUCAUCCAGAGGUUCUACAUCCCCACCUCGCGACAGGUGAAAAGGAUAGAGUCCAUCACGAGGUCACCUAUCUUCACUCAUUUCAGCGAGAGUUUGAGCGGCGCCGCCACUAUUCGCGCUUACCGAGCCACGGAUCGCUUCGUGGCGGAAUCCAAGACGAGGGUGGACAAAAACCAAGUGUUCUACUUCACGUCGGCCGCCAGCAUCAGAUGGUUGCAGAUGAACUUGGACUUCCUAGCCAACAUCAUCGUCUUCAGCGCCGCCAUCUUUGAGCUCAUUUCCACUUCGUCAACUGGAGGAGGUCUGGGGCUGUCUGUGUCAUACGCUCUGCAGAUCUCCGGGACCCUGACCUUCAUGGUGCGAAAUGUCAGCGAGUUCGAAACCAACAUCGUGUCCGUGGAACGAAUUAGAGAAUACACCUCCAUCGAUACAGAGGCAGAGUGGAUCAAUCAGAGCAGACGACCUCUACCCAACUGGCCAGUGGAAGGUGUUGUCGUCAUGGAGAACUACCAAACCCGCUACAGGCCUGGCUUGGACCUCGUCCUGAAGGGUCUUUCCUGCAAAAUCAAAGGCGGCGAGAAGGUGGGUAUCGUGGGCCGCACCGGCGCCGGCAAGUCGUCGUUAACCCUCUGCUUGUUUAGAAUCAUCGAGGCGGCUGGCGGAGCCAUCUUUAUUGAUGGCAUCAACAUCGCCGACAUCGGCCUGCAUGACCUGCGCUCCCGCCUGACCAUCCUGCCGCAGGAUCCAGUGCUCUUCUCUGGGUCUCUCCGCUUCAACCUUGACCCCUUUGACCAGUAUUCGGACGAGCUGGUAUGGCAGGCGUUGGAGAGGGCUCACCUGAAGAACUUUGUGGCAGGCUUGCAGGAUGGCCUUAACUACGAGUGCGGGGAGGAGGGUCAAAACCUCAGUGUGGGCCAGCGACAGCUGGUGUGUCUGGCCAGAACACUGCUCCGCCGGACCAAGGUGCUGGUGCUGGACGAGGCGACAGCCGCAGUGGACAUGGAGACGGACGCCCUGAUUCAAAACACCAUUCGCCUAGCCUUCCACAACUGCACCAUCAUCGCCAUCGCCCACAGACUCAACACCAUUCUGGAUUAUGACAGGAUCAUGGUCAUGGACGACGGUGUGAUCAAGGAGUUCGACUCCCCGUCCCGGCUGCUGGCUGAUUCCACUUCGCUGUUCUACGCCAUGGCCAAGGAUGCCGCCCUCGUGUGACCUUUUUAACCAUCGUCACAUACCGGAACUACAAGAUCAAACUGACAAACUUCACCCUCCGAAAUUUUGAUGAGCGCAUGACUCAACUCACAAGAACAACCCAUCUAUUUAUAGUCUCUUCCCUUCUCAGUUUUAAUGAAAACACGUUAAAUAACACUUAAUCGACUGCAGUCCUAAAUGUGAGACUGCUAAAUAAUCUUGAUAAUUGGCUAACAUAUAUCCUGGUAAUUGAAUGAUCUAAUAAUUAACUACUGUGCCUUGUAUAAAUGUAUCACUUUGGAAGUACCUACUUCACUCUACUACACGUGGCGAUGCAUACUGGGCUCUGCCAAAUGGACUUCCUGGCAUUUGUUCCUGGGUUAGGGUUAGUCAGGAAAAUACAUUCACUUUCAUAAUUGCCUUCCAAUUAAACACCUUAAGAGGAGCCUGUCAAUUAAAUACCAUCUUAUGUGCACGCCAUACCCUCCUACCUUACUGACCCGGAUAUUUUUUUAACUGCUUUUCACGUGAUCUGCUGACAGACCCCGGUGAUUUACUGUGCUGUAACCUUAGUUACUGACCGGACAUAAAUCCCCAGCCUCACCCUCCCAUCCUGCUGUUGAGGUGGACUAGUGCUGAGCAGCAUCAGCUGAUCACUAGCCUUUCUCCUGUCCAUGCCAAAAGCUGCACAGGAAAGAUGAUAGCUAUAUUUACUGUGAUUGUGAUUGUUUGUAUGUGAGUGAAGAUGUAAACAAGACAGUAUCUGUAUUAAGUGGCUGGGAAACAGGCAGCACCCUUCUGAAGGCUGCUUCCUGUCUUUGAACACAACGAAUGAUUGCGUCUCAUUUGCUGUUCAUUGUACCUACAUGUACAUCGUGCUAUUUCAGAAACAUUUAUUAAGUAUGCCGGCAGUUUUUGCCUUGUCACUGUGUCCGGGAGUUAAUAUUUUGUUCUUUAAAUAUCUCCUUAAGCGUUGGCUUUUUUGUUUGUUUGUUUUUAGUUGUUUUUUUCUUUAUAUCUGUUUGAUUGGUAUCUGCAGCUAUUUUGAACGCUGCUCUGUGCAUAAUAAUACUGAUCUUGUCCGGUAAUUGUCAAACUUUCUUCUCCUAUUUUAAGGAUUGUUAACAACUAAUUAACAUUUUAUCUCUCGACAGUAUUUUUGCUUAUGCCUGUACAUGCUAUUAUAGAAUACAAAAAUACGUCUUUCUAUUUUUGUCCUGGUUUUUUUUUUCCUUCGCUCUUCUUCCUUCUCUCUUCGAUUCUCUUUUUCUCUCUUUUUUUUAAAACUGCUUGAGAAUUAACCAGUUAAUUGCAAUAAAAUAAUUUAAUGGCAUGCAUAGGUUAGUUUUGAAUUUUUUAUUUAAUAAAUUCUGUUUUCAAAAAUGUUCUUAAUAUGUGUAGAAUAUGUGUUACUGAGAACAAUAAAAUAAAAACCAGUGUGACACCAUCUGUGUUUAAGUCAACUUCCAUAUGAAACAUCUUUUUAAAAAUCACAUGAGUCCAAGACAUAUUUACAAAAGCACACUUUAUAGUUUAAAAAAGUAUUUGCGCUUACAAAA